AUGCAGGAUCUUGACGAAGCAGAUGGCGACGGCGAGGGUGACCAAGACGGGGAUCAAGACGGGGAUGGCGAUCUAGAUGCUGAAGGCGAGGGUGAAGGGGAAGGGGAUGGAGACGAUGAUGACGAUGCUGGAAGCGCGUCUGGUGGCAGUCAGCCCUCUGAUAACGAGGACGCCUCAGGGGAGCCGAACGCAACUCAGGACGGCACCCAGCAAAACUCCACAAUGCAGACUGAUUCCGCUCGCGGGGUCGCAUCACAUCCGGACAUUGCGCCUGAGUAUCUUGAAGCUGAAACCUACGACAUUGUCCCUACGAUUGCUGCUCCCCACAGUACCUCAAUCAACGCUGUAUGCGCAACGGCUGACAUGCGCUGGGUCUUUACCGGAGGCUCUGAUGGCUACAUCCGCAAAUUCAACUGGGUCGACUCGGUCAACUACAAACUUGCCCUUACUGUUGCUCAGCGGCACCCUUAUGUGGACAGCGUCGUGAAAGCUGGCGUGCUUAUGACCUAUUGGGACAAUUGGGAUGCCCGGCCCCAAACGCCACACAACCUGUCUCCUGUUUACUCCCUUGCUUGCCACAGCCAGGCUCUCUGGCUUCUAUCUGGUACAUCUGCUGGGCCCAUUCGACUACAAACCGUUAGACAUGAUGAGGGUCGAGAGAUCAGCUUGUUACAACAGCAUACAUCUGCAGUCUCUGUCCUUACCCUCUCUUCCGAUGAGAAGAGUCUACUCUCUGGAAGCUGGGACAAAACGGUCGUCGACUGGGACCUUGAGACUGGUCAAGCACGAAACACCUUUGCCGGCAGCGCAGGCCAGAUUUCUGCAAUAGAGACUCGUCCCUUGUCCUCUGUGCCUGUGCCUGUCGAAUCAGGGGAAGUAGUCGUUACCAAUGGCACAUUUUCCUCGAAUGACGGCAACGCCCUACCAAACGGAAUCAGAUCCGAGGGUCAUGGCGCAGACACCGGCGAAAAGCCCGCCGUUGCUACACCAGACUCCCUAUUUGGUGACGGAGAUGACGAUCUAUUUGGGGACGGAGCAGGAGCUGUCAUGGCCAAUGGAGGAGACCUCACUGAUACGUUCGGGGAUGAUGCGAUGAGUCAAGCCUUGGCACAAGCGCCUCAUCCCGAGGACUUGGUCGACCAUGAUACCAGUAUGCUUGAGGCCACAGAGCCCCGAAACGAGGCCCUCCCUGAGCUUCCAGAGCACCCCGGCUCCCCAUCGAUAUCUGGCGCCAUUGUCAAUGGAGUACCUAAUACUGCCCAACAGCCAGUUGCUAACGGCCUGCCUCACGCCGACGACCUGGAGAAGCAAAGUGGCGAGCAGGAUGAUGCUACAGAAGGCGAAACAACGCCGACCUCCGACUCGACGUUCCUUGCCACGUCGAUCGAUGGGAGCAUCCGUGUGUGGGAUCGCAGACAACCCAAACCGGUCGCUCGAAUCUUGCCGCGGAACACGCCCCCUUGGUGCCUUAGCGCAUGUUGGUCGCCCGACGGCAACUUCAUCUACGCCGGCAGGCGCAACAACACGGUGGAGGAGUAUGACCUUCGAAAAGGUCUGAAAAGCCCAGAGCGAGUCUUCCGAUUUCCAAAUGGUAGCGGUGCAGUCACCGCAGUGAAAGCGAUGCCGAAUGGCCGUCAUCUCGUGUGCGCGUCCUAUGAUAUUCUCCGACUAUACGACCUGAAAGAGUCACAAGCUCACCGGUCGGCAGUGCCCUUCCUGAUUGUACCUGGUCACAGAACGGGAGUGGUGUCACAUCUGUACCUCGAUCCUGCAUGUCGAUUCUUAUUGUCGACUGGAGGGAAUCGUGGCUGGGAGGGAGCAUCGACGGAGGUGCUCUUAGGAUAUGAGAUCGGGGUGCCAAAGAAAUGA